CAGAAAGAAGAAACCUCUGCUGCCGCAAUUAAAGAGAGAACCCCCCAAAAAAUGGAGGCAGCAAGGGCAGUUAAGGACGUUUCCCCCCACGACUUCGUCAAGGCAUACGCCGCCCAUCUCAAGCGCUCCGGCAAGAUCGAGCUUCCUUCAUGGACUGAUAUUGUCAAGACUGGAAAACUCAAGGAGCUUCCUCCCUAUGACCCUGAUUGGUACUUUAUCAGAGCUGCUUCCAUGGCAAGAAAAAUAUACUUGAGAGGAGGUCUUGGUGUUGGUGCCUUUAGGAGGAUUUACGGAGGCGCAAAGAGAAAUGGAAGUCGCCCUCGCCAUUUUUGCAAGAGCAGUGGAUCUGUGGCUCGUCACAUUCUUCAGCAAUUGCAGAAUGUUAACAUCAUUGAUAUUGAUCCUAAAGGUGGUAGGAGAAUCACAUCAAACGGCCAACGGGAUCUCGAUCAAGUAGCUGGGAGGAUAGCAGUUGCCAUCUGAGUAUUUCUUAGAGAUGUUUUCCUCUUCCUGAAAUUUAGUUGUUUUGUUUAGCAAAUUUCUUUUUAGGUAUACUAGUACCUGGUACUGAGACAUGAAUAUUUUUAUUUUUCGAGUUGUUGACUGUGUUAUUAUUCUUAUGUCUGUCAAUUUUGAAUUCCCUUUGUUAUCGCGGA